GAUUUUUCCUUGUGGUGUAGUAUUAUUGGAAUCAGUAAUACCGUGGCUCGGCUUAUCCUAGGUAUCCUGUCUCAGCGAAUGAACAGAUUAUUCCUCUAUAACACCUGCCUGGUUAUCUGUGGAUUGUGUAUGAGUGUCUCUAACUACCUUCAGCCAAUGUUUGCUGCUCUGACCGGCUCUGACUGUCUUCUACCUGAUCUACCUGAUCUACCUGAUGGGAACACUACACUAGCCUGCCUAGCAAAUAAUUGUACUUCUACAGAUGUAGUAGUAGUAUGGGCCUGUAGUGCGUAUGUGGGUCAGCUUGUCUAUGCUGUUAUAUACGGUAUAACUAGCGCAGCAUACGUUCUUCUAACCACACUAGUAUUGGCUGAUCUCCUGGGUCCAGAUAUGUUUACAAACAGUUUUGGUCUUCUCCUUCUAUUCCAGGGCGUUGCAACUUUAAUUGGACCUCCCAUUGUUGGUUUUAUGUUUGAUGGGAGUGGAAGCUAUGAUAUGGGAUUUGUUCUCAUGGGAACUAUGAUUUCUAUCUCAGGGUUUAUGCUCUACCCUAUACCCUGUGUACAAUCAGCUUUACAGAAGAAAGCGGACAGAUCUAAUAUGAACAGAUCGGAGACAGCUGUAACAAUAUGACAACACAACAUUCCCACCUCUUGCUAAACAAUUUCAACCAUUUUCCCGGGAAAUUUAAAAAUUGGUGGGAAAACUAUUGUUUUUUCAAAAUGGCGUCUUAUUUCUCAAACUAUUUAGUUGUAAAAUUCCUACAAAUGUUUUUAUCUAAAAUGUAUAUUGUUAUCGGACAAAACUUGGUACUUCCGCGACGAUUUGCUUUCUUGAAAAAAUGUUUAAAAAAGAAAGUAUGAAAAAAAUUUCACAAAAAUAAUUUUAUCUUUUGUACUUUCUCUGUUUUUGUAGUAUUAAAAGUAGCUUUAGAUUGGUCAUAUAUUAAUAUUUUUUCUGCUUAUCUGAUUUAAACAGGAUAGAAAAGGCCAAAAAAUAUAUUUAGUUUAAAAUUACUACAACGUUUCUCUAAAAUAAUGGAAAAAAAUCUCAAAAAGGAAAAAAAUCUCAAAGAGGAAACAAAUCUCAAAACGAAAGUGUAUCUCUAAUUAGCAAUUCACAAACAGUAUAAAUAUGACACUGUGGUUAUUAAUAGUUUAAUAUUAACACAAUUUGAUGCAAAAAUAAAAAAACACAAAAAAUUUAUGAAAAAG